AUGAACAAAUCUGCUUAUACAUUAUUCCUAAUCUUUAUAAUUUAUGUAAACUGGACAAUUCUAGAUGCUAAACCAUAUCAAUUAAAACGUGAUGCAUCUGAUGAGGAAUCUGUUGAUGAUAGUAGCAUUGGUAAUAAUGAUGAUGACCAUUUUACCGAUUAUGAUGAAAUAAGACGAAUUUUUCAAGAAGGUUCAAUUAACGGUAGACAGUCUACUGAGACAACAUCGGCAAUGUCAACAACAACAACAACAACACCAACACCAACAUUAAAACCUACAGGUGAAUCAGACAAAGAGGAAAUUGAAGAAUUGCCAGAAGAAGAUUCUGAUGACCAAUCACCUUGUAGUGGUGGAGGAACAAUAUUCACAUAUACAAUACACGGGGAUGAUAUUGAUGGUGAUGGUCAAGUGGAAUUUAGUAAUCAUGAUGAAGAUAAUGAUAUGUCUGGUGAUGAUUAUGAUUUCUACCCAAUGUAUCCUUGGUUUGGCAGAGAACAGUUUCAUCAUCAACGUCCAAGAAAACCAUUUCAUAAACCUACACGUAAUACAUGGUAUUCAAGAUAUGAUCAUUUCCCUUUCUAA